AAUAGUUUUUGUUUUGAUUUUUGUCUUUAUAAAAUUCCUUAAUCCGGAAUAGAGUUAUUUAUAUAUACAAUGAAAUAAUAGUGCCUGGAAGUGAUAAAACAAAUAUAUACUGUUAAAAUUACCUCAAAUAUGUAAAGUUAUUAAAUUUAGUUAUCUUAAACCACUUGUUUGCUAUUAAAGUGUCGCUUCUAAGCCAACUUAUGUGUGUAUGUGGAAAUAGAUGGUAACUUUAUAAGAAAAUUAAAGGAAUGUUGGCAAAAUAAAUUUGUGUAAUUAAACAUAAGGGGAUACAUAUAAAAGUUUUUUUUAUAUAAAAUAAUUCGCGUAAGGAUUAAUACUUUGUUAGCAUAUCUAAGCGUUGCAGCUAUUUUCUUCAUGCAAUGUUAUAGGAGAAGGGGAUGAUUGUGCGCGGGUGAAAAUGUCUGACACAGGUGCACGCAAGUUAGCCAAGUGUAACAUUACAGGUGGCCCGCAUUUGAAACAUUUUACAAAUACAUAUUUUUGGUUGUAAACAAAAUAUUUUCCUUUAUAUGAAAACUCUUAAAUUGCUUCCAGAAUUUAAACACAAAGUGUUAAGUGAAUUGAGAGAUGAAAAUUGUAAAUUCCAAUUAGAACGUAUAACAUCAAAAUAUACAUAUUUUAGUACUAUUAGUACGAUUGGCAGCAACUAACCUUAGUUAAUUUUUUUGUUAAAUGUGUGAAACGGUUUUUAGUGACAAUUUUAAAAAUAAGAAGUAAAUAAUGAACUUGGGUUAGUGGCCAACAUAAAAAUACCAAGACAACUUACUUCUUGGUAAGUUCCGGAUAUUUAUACUGUAAAGGCUACUAAUACGGCGCUGAGACCCUGUAUAGUUUGAUGUUUUUCUACGAAAGCUACUCAAAUUUUAUUCAAAAUAAAUAAUAUUAAGAGAAGUUGUAAAAUGGAAUAUUGCUGAUAAUAAAAAAAACCUUAGAAUUUAACGCAAAAAGAGAGAAUAUGCAAUUUGCCUAUAUUAAAGACAAUCGUGGUAGUGAAGUGAAAAAGUUCUUCUAAAAAAUCUAAAAAAUAUAUUAGUGCAUAUACGAGUACAACUAUGACGACAGCAAGAAAAUUGUGCAUUUUGCUAAAGUAAAUUUGCUCCAACAGGUGUACGUAUGUAUGUAUCCACGUAACUCCGUACGUAAGCGUUGGAUAUUGCCGGCAUAAAUAGAAUGUUCUGUGCCUCGAAAUGGUGUAUAAGAAAAUUGCAAAUAAAGAUAGUAGUGCUCGUAUUUAAAGUCGCGUGUGAAAUCGCGAAGCAAACAAACGCACGAAGCUCCUUACAAACGUCAAACUGUGAAAACAAGCAAACGCUUCAAAUGUACGCAAUUUUCUACUACAGUUAACGUAAUGUAAUUAAACAGAUUAGAAAGAAAUCUCAUUAAAGCAUAAUAGAAUAAAAUAAUUGCAAAACAAUAGCAACAACAAACAGCUAAAUUAAAGCCAACAAUAGAACAACAACAACGAACUGCAACCGACAAAAUCGCGUAGAAAAAUGCCGACAUUGGCGGCAAAAAAUUCACAAGCCGCAAUUGCUAACAUGGCAACAGCAGUCACAACAACAACAACACCACAAACAACAGCGACGGCAAUAAAUUCCGGUGGCAGCGAGCAGUGCGACGCUGAUGUUAGUGCAGCAAGAAUAGCAACGCCAACCGACACACAAAACACCGGUGCCGCGUUGAACCAUCAUUAUCAUCAUCCGCCGGCGCCGCAUGGAGGCUCGCAUGCCGUUGGCAAUGCCUUGUCGCCGAUGAUAGCAACUGCAACAACAACAACUGCAGUCUCAGCGGCCGGGGCAGCUACCGGCAGCGUUGCAGCCAGUUUAGCCACAUUUAACGGAAAUUCAAAUUUAAACGUUGCCAACGGAAACAUCGGCGGCAAUAACAAUCACAACAACAGCCACAACCACAAUCACAGUCACAGUACGCACGCUGGUGUUGUGGGCAAAAAGCCAUUGACAAACAUGCAUACAUCCCGUGAGGAUGUUGCAUCACCACAACCACAAACCCACCUACCACCACCGCCGUUAACACAACUGGGCAAUGCUAUGCCGCCAACAUCAGCUUCCAUCAUCAACAAUCAGCAGUUGUCAGCCACUAGCAGUCAGAGCAAUCACAAUCAUAACAACAAUAAUAAUAGCAAUAUCAACGGUGGCAAUGGUAGCAAUAAUAAUAAUAGCAAUGGUAACGGUAAUGGCAGCGCAAACAUUAGCAGCAUUCUCAAAGGAAGUAAAGAAAAUUUGCUACAAAACUGUUAUAACGGCGCUCCCACCAGUGAUAACACUGUUUUGGAUAUUGACGAUCCAGGAGAUGGACUAGGGCCUUUGCCACCCAAGUGGGAGACCGCUUACACCGAACGCGGGGAAUUGUAUUUUAUCGAUCACAACACUGGCACGUCCCAUUGGCUCGAUCCGCGUCUAUCGAAAUUUCAAAAGAAAUCGCUAGAAGACUGCGGCGACGAUGAACUCCCCUACGGUUGGGAGAAAAUCGAAGAUUCAUUGUACGGUACCUAUUACAUAGAUCAUGUUAACCGGCGCACACAGUAUGAAAAUCCAGUUUUGGAAGCUAAACGUCGCGCAGCUGAACAAAGACAAAAACAACAACAGCAACCGCCGCCACCUGCACACAGCAGUACACAAAACACGCAAGGAAUGGGUUACAUACCACACCAACAGCCACCGCCACCACCACCUACUAAUCAACAAUCACAACAACAACAACAGCAGCAGCAGCGUCCGCAAACACCGUCUACACAAAUAACAACUAAUUUGGUGAAUGGCGCUGGCAUUGGCAGCAAUAUAAUUGGCGCUGAUGAUGGCGAUCGUGUUACUCCAGCGCUUGGCAACAAUAUGGUUGAUAUAUCGCAACGUGGUAUGCAACCACCGCCAACGGGCGCGGGUAUGCAGUCGGCACCAACAGCACUGCUGGCAUACAAAUUCACGCGAAAUCCCGGCGAGAUGCAGGGCGAGCGCAUCACCGCAUCGUUGGUGAAGUCUGCACGCGGCCUCGGCAUCACCAUUGUGGGCGGCGAUGAUGGCGCGGAAGAGUUUCUGCAAAUCAAGUCGAUUGUGCCGCACGGACCAGCGUGGUUGGAUGGCCAGCUGCAGACAGGCGAUGUGUUGGUGUAUGUGAAUGAGACCUGUGUGCUCGGGUUUACGCAUCACGAGAUGGUCAAUAUUUUCCAGUCGAUUUUGCCAGGCGAAACCGUUACAUUAGAGGUAUGUCGCGGCUAUCCUCUACCAUUUGACCCCAACGACCCCAACACCGAGGUGGUCACCACCAUAGCGGUGGAUGGUGUUAGCGUUGCAGCGACAGACAAACAGCGUCGCAUGCUACUCGAUCUACAUAUGGAUGGUAACUAUAAUUUUCUCGAAACUAUCGGCGGCGACGGAGGCGGCACAAAAUCUCACCCUCACAACCAAAUGCGCAAUCAGCACUCACCAGUCACGGGCGGCUUAAAUGACGGUUUCAUUUUGAUGAAAAAACCAGAGUUGCAAGUGCACACAUUUACGAUUGUAAAGGGUGCCAUGGGUUUCGGUUUCACCAUUGCCGAUUCGGCUUAUGGUCAGAAGGUGAAGAAGAUACUCGACUAUAAUUGUUGUACGCAACUGCAAGAGGGUGACGUACUAUUAGAGAUUAACGGUAUUGAUGUGCAUCAACAGAGUCACCUUGAAGUAGUACAGAUAUUGAAGGAUUGUUCGAAAAUUGAACCGACGCAUGUGAAAAUUCAACGCGGUGGUCCCACUUCAAAUAGUACUAAUGCCUCACCAGCAGGCGGCGCUUAUAGUGCCAAUAUUUUGAGUAAUCCACCGCCAACAAGCACUUCAAGCGGCAGUAAUCUGGGUAAUGUGGCGAAAUUGCGCAAGAAUUUUACGUCCUCAUUGUUUCGCAGCAAGACGCCGACCGCAGACCUAUAUAGUACACAACAAAAGGAGAUUCUGCCUAUACGUCCAAAAACACCGCUGGUCGAUACGCGUCGUACACGUGCACAAACACCGAAUGAUGAGCUACAGCAUUGUGUUGAUGUUAACGAUGGCAACGUUGAUGGCAGAUUGUCGGCUAAUAAGGGCCAAUUGGUGGAUGCUGCCACGCAUAAAUCCACAAAUAGCCUACAGGAAAUUGAGGCAAUUAGUCAAGAUAUACCGUACUUGGAUCCAUAUCCGAAAUUGGUGACCAGUUUGAGUGAGCGUUUGGCCGGUGCAACAUUGCUAACCGAAAAUGCCGGCAAUGGUGGCGUCAAUGCUGGUAAUGUCGAUAAUAUGGGUAGCAUUAAUAUUGGCACUGGCCACCACCACGCCAGUGGUCUUUCGUUGCCUUCAAGUGCUGCCGAUCCCAUGCGUUACGAUCAUCAAGAGUACGUUUCGGCCGGCAUGCGUACAGUUGGUGGCAAUAAUAUUUAUGGCAUUUCGCCGCUGCCCAAUAGCAUGAACAAUUUCUAUGCGCCACAACAAUUGCCCACACCGCCACAUCUUAGCUUUUCUGCCAGCAGCAGUUAUUCACCAUCGACGUCGCUUGGUUUGACAACAACAUCCGCUACACAUCACAAUAUCCUGCAUCAUCACCCACUUCAAUUGCCGCCACCACCACAACCACCAGCGCCGCAUAUGCAUACACAUCCACACGGUGCACAGUACUCACCGGCAUCUUUGCAUGCGACUACGCCGUUACAAGCGGCACACAUACAAAAUGAGCGCAUGCAAAAACGUGUCAACGAGCUGCUGAGUGAUCGUCGCCGUGUGGGCUUCUCCACGCUUGAUAUGCCACAACCACAGAAACUCUCGCCAGCGCCGUAUGUUAACCAGCAAUUGUUGCAACAACAACAACAGCAGCAAACUUCCCAACAUUCACCGGCUGUUAGUAGCGUAUCGCAAACGCCAGCGUUGCCUUGGUUAGGUGCCAGCAACUACACCAAUACGAUGCAGUCAUCACCGAGCGGUAACCUACCGUUUCUACAACGCAAUGGCGGCGCAAUCGAUGCGUUCGACGAACUGACGACGGAACAGUAUGAGCUGAGUGAAGUGACUUUGGAGCGUCAGGCGCUUGGUUUUGGAUUUCGCAUUGUUGGCGGCACGGAGGAGGGCUCACAAGUGACCGUGGGUCACAUUGUUCCCGGCGGUGCUGCGGAUAAUGACCAACGCAUUAAUACAGGUGACGAGAUACUCAGCAUAGACGGUAUCAAUGUGGUCAAUUCGUCGCACCACAAAGUUGUUUCAUUAAUGGGUGAGGCGGCAUUGCGAGGACAAGUGACUAUGAUACUACGUCGUCGCUUGCGGUUAACACUUCAACCACAUUUAUUGCAACCACAACAACAGCAACAACAACAAUUACCCUUACCGCCACCGCCGCCAUUAAACAUGCCCAUGCGCAAUACAUAUCGAUACCCAUACGAUGUUAUAGUUAGUCGACACGAGUCCGAAGGUUUCGGUUUUGUAAUCAUAUCUUCGUCAAAUCAAUUCUACGGCUCUACUAUUGGCAAAUUGAUACCAGGCAGUCCGGCCGAUCGUUGUGGUGAGCUGAAAGUUGGUGAUCGUAUCAUCGCUGUUAAUCGCAUCGACAUUUCCGGUAUGUCACAUGGUGAUGUGGUCAACCUAAUAAAAGAAUCGGGUCUUCAUGUGCGUUUGACAAUCGGUUGUCCAAAAGAUGCCUUGACGACACCGACAACUACGUUGGGCACACAAAAUUCAGCAUUACUUGUCAACUCCGCACAAGUGUCGCCAGGUCAAUUAUCACAAAACCAAUUAAUAUAUACACCGUUGACAACGCAACAACAACAACAUAAACCACAGAUAUCGCCAAAUUUAUUGUCUAACAAUCAAAAUGGUGGCAACUAUUUUAUGGAACAUCCCAGAACAAGCGCGGCAACAACAACUUAUGUGCAACAGCCACAUACGCAAUCGCCAUUGCAGCAACAGCAACAACAGCAAUUGCCACCACAAUUAAAAAUAAUGACAACAUACGAGCGAACUUUAUGUAACAAUAAUGGCAAUAACAGCAAUAGCGAAAAGUUGCGCAGUAAUGGCAGCUGCAGCAGCAGCAGCUCCUUCACGAGAGCCGAAGUGAUAAGUAACAGCGCAAGCAGUAGCAACAGUAGCAGAAAUCUACUGCAAUUCUUCGCCAUUGUAUUCGUGUGUGUGGCCUGUUACUGGAAUAGUGCGCAAUGUGAGUUGGUCUUCGACGAUAUUAGCGCUGUGCGCGAUAAUAAAGACCUACGCUCGUACACGCCGCUACGUAAUAUAUUUCUCAACGAUUUCUGGGGUACACCAAUGCGCAAAGAGCAAUCGCAUAAAUCAUAUCGGCCGUUAACAGUGCUCACCUUUCGUUUCAACUAUUGGCUGCACGAACUCCAACCAUAUGGCUAUCACAUAGUAAAUAUGCUCUUACACAUUGUUGUUUGUCUGUUGUGGCGUCGUGUUUGCAGACUAUUACUAUUGCAUUGCGCCGGCGCUGUGGGAGCAUCUACAUCGGCGUUAAUACAACGUUGUAAUAUGUUGCGUAUAAACACUUGUAGCUUCUUGGCAGCACUCUUAUUCGCUGUACAUCCCAUACACACAGAAGCCGUUACAGGUGUAGUCGGACGUGCCGAAUUACUCUCCUCGAUAUUCUAUUUGUGUGCAUUUCUCGCAUAUGCCGGCGCUGUUAACACGCCAACGACGCUGCUACAUCGUCAACAGUCGUCACUGCAUCAACAACAGCAGCAGCAACAGUCGGUUAAGAAGCAACGUACACGCUGGUCGGUAUUAUGUUGCACUUUUGGCGCUUGCUUAUUAGCCUCGAUGCUGUGUAAGGAGCAAGGCAUCACUAUCGCGGGUAUUUGCGUAGCUUAUGAAUUGUUCGUGGUGCAGCAGUUGCGCCCACUUGAGCUGUGGCUGUGUGUGCAGCGUUUAUUUGAGGAUCGUACGCGUAUCUUGACGCCGCAACAUGUAGCCAAAAGCCCGACAGCUGCAGCAGUUAGUGCAUCGUCAACGACGGGCGUGUAUAAUCGUGUGAGCGGCAUUUGGCAUGGCACUUUGUUGCGUCGCUUGGGGUUUCUCGUCUGUAUUACGUUUGCUCUGCUGGUUGGACGUGUGUACGUGAUGGGUUCGCAAUUGCCAGUCUUUACGCGUUUCGAUAAUCCGGCUUCGGCAGCAGCGACACCAACGCGUCAGCUUACAUUUAGUUACCUGAUUUACUUGAACUUGUGGCUGAUGCUGUUUCCUUGCAAUCUGUGCUGCGAUUGGACUAUGGGUACCAUACCACUGAUCGAGGGUUUUAGCGACGCACGUAAUUUGGCCACCAUAGCAACAUUCGCCUCGCUAGCCGCAGUGACGUGGCACGCUUGUACUACACGAAAUUUAAUGCACUCUCGCGUGUUGCUGAUGGGACUGGCAUGGCUGGCGUUACCCUUCCUACCCGCUUCGAAUCUAUUCUUUCACGUUGGCUUCGUGAUUGCCGAGCGUAUACUGUACAUGCCCUCCAUGGGUUAUUGUCUCCUGAUAGCCUAUGGCUAUAUGCAAAUGGAGGAAUAUUUGCGCGUUAAAGGCGCAAUUGCGCGUCGUUUCCUUCAACUAGCGCUCGGUUUGUUGUUGCUUACGCAUGCGUUAAAGACAUUUGAGCGCAAUAAAGACUGGCGUACAGAGUAUACGCUAUUUAUGUCGGGCGUAUAUGUGAACGGACGCAAUGCGAAACUGUUCAAUAAUGUGGGACACGCGCUUGAAAAUGAGCAACGCUACGCUGAGGCGUUAACGUACUUCCAACAAGCGGUACGCAUACAACCCGACGAUAUUGGCGCGCACAUCAAUGUUGGACGCACUUAUAAUAAUCUGCAGCAAUACGAACAAGCCGAAUUGGCGUAUCGCCAAGCCAAAGCUUUAUUUCCGCAAGUGAAACCGGGCGAGAGUUAUCAGGCGCGCGUAGCCCCGAAUCAUUUAAAUGUAUUCAUAAAUUUGGCACAACUGAUAGCGCGCAAUCGUACGCGCUUGGAAGAAGCCGAUCUGUUAUAUCGGCAGGCGAUAAGUAUGCGCGCCGACUAUGUACAGGCGUACAUCAAUCGUGGUGAUAUAUUGAUGAAACUGAAUCGCACCGCGCAAGCGCAAGAAGUGUACGAAAAGGCACUACUGUAUGACAGUGAGAAUGCUGAUAUUUAUUAUAAUUUGGGUGUGGUAUUUUUGGAGCAGGGUAAAAGUGCGCAGGCGCACGUCUACUUCAACAAAGCAAUCGAAUUAUAUCCCGAACACGAACAAGCAUUACUCAAUUCCGCCAUACUAUUGCAAGAGCAUGGCGGUGCAGAAGCGCGUGAAUUGUCGCGCAUGCGCCUCUUCAAGGUGUUGGAUAAGGAUGCGAACAAUGAGAAGGUCUAUUUCAAUUUGGGCAUGCUGGCCAUGGACGAAUCGAAUUUCGACGAAGCGGAACAAUUUUUUAAACGCGCUAUACAUUUGCGUGCCGACUUUCGUAGUGCGCUCUUCAAUUUAGCAUUACUAUUGGCCGAUGCGAAUCGACCGUUGGACGCAGUACCGUACCUGAAUCAGCUAAUACGUCAUCAUCCUGCACAUAUAAAAGGUUUAAUACUACUCGGUGAUAUCUAUAUAAAUCACAUGAAGGAUCUCGACGCAGCGGAGCAAUGUUAUCGCAGUAUAUUACGUUUUGAACCGCACAACAUACAGGGCUUACACAAUUUAUGUGUUGUAUUUGUGGAGCGUAAGCGUUUGGCGCGUGCCGCUGCCUGUCUACGCUAUGCACAUCAUUUAGCGCCACAUGAGGAUUAUAUUCUACGUCAUUGGCAAAUUGUACAGCAACGCUUACAGAAGAUAACUAAGUUACCUGAAACAUCGCCGGAACGGCAAAUUGCCUAUGCUGAGUAUGAGCCUGAUGAGUUCAGGGUGUUGUCAAACAAAGUGGCUAGUAAGACUCACACUAAUAUGCACGAAGACAACAAACAGCAAAAACAACAUCGUCGGUAGGAACGACCACUAAACAGUAGCAGUUAAGAGCGUCAUAUAAUGCUGAGUAAGUUGAAAAUAUAUUCAUUCAAAAUGAAUAAAAUGUAAAACAAAAACAUUUUAGAAAUUAAGUGUCGGCUUUUACAUUAACAUAUAUACAAAGAUAUAUAAACAUAUGUAUGAAUAAUUAUUGAAGGCAACUAAGUACGUACUUAAAUUGAAAUGUGCGGCUUUUGAAUAGUGUAUGCGCUGUAUAUUAUUUGUUGGUCAAUUAAAAAGCCAAUGCAUAUAAUUUUAUUUUAUAUUGACCUCAAGUUUAUAUUAUUUAAAAAAAGUAGGAAGCGGUCUGUAGCAAAGCUAAUCUGUAUAUGUUGUUGUUUAGCGGCAGAAAACAUUUCUGAAGUAAUUUGAAGGAAUGCUGCCGGUUUGACAGUGCUUGGCCGGCUAAAAAUCCGGGUGCGUUCUGUUUAAGUAGAUCGUAUGUAUAUUACGGUCAGUAAAAAAAAAAAAUAUGUCCAAUAAACCUGUGCUGCCAGAUUUUGUACGGUCUCAAGUGUUUAAACCUUUAUGUCUACCAUAAUUUUGUUAAACAAUUUAUUGAUUGGUUUAACGAUUUUAUUUUCUUUUUUUUUAAGCAUUUUUUCUAUUUUUUUUUUUAACAAAAUUUAACUAUUAUUUAUUCAUUUAAACAUUUAUUUGUUGUUAUUAAUAUGACACGCUUGCGAUUUAUUUUUUUGGUUUGGCAAAGAUUUACGAAAAUGUUUCGCUUUUCAAAUAGCGGUUAUUUACUGUGAUUUCAAAAUUCCCUCACCGGUAUAUUUAAUGUCGUUUAAAGCGUUAGAAUGUAGUUGUAACGGUUAUUUUUAUUGACUUCAAAAUUCUCUUCCUCUCUUUCCCACUUAUAAGACAUUUAAAUUUACAUUGAGAAUAUAAAUCUUUAUAUUGUUGAUUUUAAUAUCAAUUCACCAACAAUGUAUUAUAAAGUUUACAAAUACUGUUCGGUAAAAUUAAUGUAUGAAUUCCCUAUUGUUGUUGUAGCGGCAGAAUUAUUGGCCAAUAGAAGAGAAACACCUUUUAGUUUUAUCUUAUACAAUUUACUUCACAAAUUUUGAUUUACUUUAAGUUUUUACAAUUUCUUUUACACAACUCGCAUUCAAUUUAAGUACAUAUGAUUUAUCUCACAAAAUCGGAUUUACUUUUAGUUUGUUUAGUUUAUUUUUCGCAAGAUGGGAUUUGGUUUUAGUCUAUACAACGAUCAGGAGUAAAAGGUCUUGAUUUGUCGGCUGUUAGUAGGGCUUAAUAUUUGCCUUGAUCCUUGAGCUUCAAUAUUGCUUAGCAAUGCUUUUUCAUUUUUUGAGACUUACAUAUGUAUAAUACUUGCGCUUGAUCUCUUUGUAGUCGAAGGAUCAACUGUUUGUGUUGCCUGUAUGCUUCUUUCUACAGGACGUUUUAUUUUUGGCUAGAGUUUUUCCUUCUGCUCAAAGCACCAAAUGCCCUAGCGCUAAUUCUUUAUACUUAAUUGAAGUUGAAGAGUACACUCUAACUGGAGUUGCUUUUUUAAAUGGAUUUUAGCUUCAAAGUCGAUUUUCUUGUAACUUGUAUAUACACAUUUAGCAAAAGCUAAUUGCUCAAUUUCUACGCCCACGUUAAAUGAUGAUGAAUACCCGACGAUAUUUGAAUUCUGCUUAUUACAGACAAGUUCCGCGAGUUGGUCAUAAUGUGGAUAAAUUUUUUUCGAUACAAUUACAACUUACCCAUAAUCCUGUCCUCGAUAAGCUCGGCGGAGCAAAAGCUUUUAUAAUCGCCUAACCGCUUAACGAAGAAAACUGAGCAAAAUCACAAAGAAAACUAAUAAUUACAACUUUGACCUCAAGUUUGUAUGCCAAUGGUUUGACAGUUGACUGACUCGCAAGUCACUUUGUUAAUAUUAAACAGGUUCUUCAGAAUCUUUAACUGCUGCAAUAGAACUACAAUCUAAAACGUUAUUAGAAGGCGGAUAGAGAAAUACUGCGACCUUAUGCCGGAUUGUAAAAAAAGUGUAUGGUUGCACAUAAGAAAUUUCUGUUCGUAAAAGCCUCACACCACAUAUCAGCAGUUACGGAAGCACGCCCAGCGUUUACAAUACUUUGAAGUUUGCUCUGCAUUUCUAAUUUCUUUUCAGUUGCGUCCUAAGUUAUCUGCCGGGAGACUGUUCUUGGAUGCGGAAUCAAAUCGUCAACGUCUAUGUGCUCUCCGAACUUGUGCCCUAUUUUAAUGAGGUGCCGCGCUACAUUUUUAAAUCCAUCAACACCUAACGUUGCAAAUGGUCUGCAGUCUACUACCGUCCAAUUUACACACUCUUGCAAGAAAUCUGUUAAAAAAGAUAUUUACUAACGACUUACUUACAUUUUUUUUUGGGUUUACCCUUUUUUUGUUCUUGCCCUACUUGUACACAGGGAAUUUCUUGGGUUUUCCUUAUGAAGCACUUAUGACGGCGUAAGUUAGAUGUUUGCGUUCCAUUAUGCCGAAAAAUGGCUUCACAUUUACGGCAGCAACAAAUUCAUUAACAGUGCAUCCACUAUCAUCUUGAAGUUCGCAAAAAACUGACCACAUUUCACUACGUCCUUUUCUUUUUAAUGAUUUUCUUAGAAUACCACUUCUAAGUUUUUCAGAAAUAUUGUCAAUAGUAUUAGACAUACUUUGGGCACGUCAGAAUGUUGCAAUAAAAACACUGGAAUGAUAUCGAACUGUUUUCGUUGUCAUGAGUUGGUAAGAAUCCAACAAGUCAUUUGUACAGAACAAGCCUCGCCUGCACAUGCAACGAUUUGAAUCGUUUUCAAACUGUACAUGUGUAUGAUUCGAACAAGCAAACCUGAUCAGUGUGUUGAUUAGGUAUGAAAUGGAACAAGCAAGUUGCGACUUGUAUGUUUGACGUUUUUCGAGUAACAAGUCAUACAUACAUUGAUGUUGUACAAGUUAACACCAAAUGCAAGUAACUCCUUGCAGAUCUCUGGUGUGCAGCGUCUUGUGAAUAUAAUUGUGAAAAAGUAUCCCGGUUUGAGAAUCCGGCUCGAAGGACCAAUGAUUAUUCUCGAACUCUCGACGAGUCACUCGAGGACGAUGC